AUGCACAGUCACCUUUUGAUACGUAAAACAUCUAUCUAUCUAUCUAUCUAUCUUACUUUCUUUCGUUCUGUCUAUUUAAUCUCCUUACUUCUUCCUUAUUUAUCGCUUUCACUCACUCUCCUUCGCCGUUGUUAUUCGCUCUAUGUUCUCUCUCUCUCUCACUCUCUCUCUCUCUCUCUCUCUAUUCUUCUUCAUUUUAUUUCUCCUCUUCCCUUAUUGUGUUUCCGUCUUCCUCAUAUUUCUCUCUCUGUGUCUAUCUCUCCCUGGAAAGGUACCUACCGCAGUGCGAUAUUUACUAUAAGAUAUUUCUCUCUCUCUCUGGAAAGAUGCCUACCGCAUUGUGAUAUUUUUCUCCCUCUCUCUUUACUUUUCUCUCUCUCUCUCAAGGUGAAAACCUCGUCGCGCGCGCAUCACAUUCUCCCCCGCUCUCUUUCGCUCUCUCCCUCUCUCUCGCACGCACACAAACACGCGCCUUCAUCUCUCUCUCUUGCUCUCUCUCUCUCUCUCUCUCUCGCAGAGACAUGUCGCUCAUCCGCGCACACCCACACCGACGGAAAAAAAACUAAAAUGAAAAGUUUGCCGCUGUGCCUCUCUCUCUCUCUCUCUCUCUCUCGCACGCACACACAGGCCUUCAUCUCUCUCUCUCCUCUCCCACUCAUUCGCAGAGACAUAUCGCUCGUGCGCACACACACCCACACCGACACUUCUGUGGCCUAUGUCGCUCUGGCGUCGUCCAUGAAUGACGAGCUUCCGGGGGAAAGCGACUUUUCUAUUCCGAGUUCAUGCCGCUUACUUCAAUGUAACAUAGUUUAUAUCUAUCUAUCUAUCUAUCUAUCUAUCUAUCUAUCUAUCUAUCUAUCUAUCUGCAAAUAA